UAAUCCGUGAAUUUGGGUGGCUGACGCUGGUCGAUUGGAUAUGCGCGAAGGCCGAGAAGAAUAAUGUCAUUGAAAAACGAGGAAUUAUAACCUUAAAAUCCGCCGAAGACUGCAGUUAAUUAAAAAUAGUUGUAGAACAGUACGUUAUGACACUUUUAAGAAAAAUAUUUAUUUUUAAUACGAAACAUCGAAUAGUAAGCUAUUGGAGCACAAAAGUAAAUCGUUCAGUCGCAAGUCUUACUUCUUAUGGUGAGGAUGCUAAAGAUUUUGGGAAAAACUAUGAUGAUUUGACAACAAAUGCUAGUAAUAGCAACUUAGAAUUACAGAAUACGGUCGGACAAUGUGCUCCACAUAAUCAGAGGAAGCAUAAAUAUACGAACGAUAUUGGCAGAGGACCUGAGUUAAAGGAUUUCAUAAUUGCUUCUCAAGUACAACCAGUGAAAUGUGAGAGUGUGCCGUAUGUAAGAAACGCAGCAAUUAAUGGUUUGAAUAGAAAAGUAUACUUUGAGGUGUAUGGGUGCCAAAUGAAUGUGAAUGAUACAGAUAUUAUAUGGUCCAUUCUGAAGGAUGUAGGAUACAUGAAGACAGAGUCCGUCGAAGAAGCAGAUGUUAUAUUAGUAGUAACAUGUGCCAUCCGUGAAGGAGCCGAGACAAAGGUCUGGAACAAGUUAAAGCAUUUUAAAGCACUCAAGAAAGCUAGAGAAACGCAGAAACUGAAACCACAUCUAAAGAUUGGAGUAUUAGGAUGCAUGGCUGAGCGACUAAAGCAUCAAAUAUUGGAGAAAGAAGAGAUUGUGGAUAUUAUUGCUGGUCCAGACAGCUACAAGGAUUUGCCAAGACUUCUGUCUCUUACUGACAGUAAUCAGACUGCAGUAAAUGUACUGCUUUCACUGGAUGAGACAUAUGCUGACAUUGUGCCUGUGAGGUUGAAUCAGGAUUCAGUUACUGCAUUUGUGUCCAUUAUGCGUGGAUGUGACAAUAUGUGCACAUAUUGUAUAGUACCUUUUACUAGAGGUCGUGAGAGGUCUAGGCCCAUGGCUUCUAUUGUACAAGAAGUGUCGAGUCUCGCUGAACAAGGUGUUAAGGAAGUCACUUUACUAGGUCAGAAUGUGAAUAGUUACCGUGAUUUGUCAGCAAUGGAUUAUUAUGGUGGUUUACCAUCAGAUAGAGAAACACACCUAGCAGAAGGAUUUCAUACAGUAUAUAAAAAGAAGAAAGGAGGUCUAAGAUUUGUAGACCUUCUGGAUAAAGUCUCUAGUAUUGAUCCUGAAAUGAGGAUACGUUUUACUUCUCCACAUCCAAAGGAUUUUCCUGAUGAGGUUUUAGAGCUAAUUCGAGAUCGCAGUAACAUCUGUUCCAGUCUACACAUGCCAGCUCAAAGUGGAAACAGUGCAGUGUUGAAACGGAUGAGGCGUGGCUACAGCAGGGAAGCUUAUUUUGAUCUGAUUUGUCAUGUGAGACAGCUGAUUCCAAAUAUCAGUCUCUCAAGUGAUUUCAUCUGUGGCUUCUGUGGAGAAACUGAUGAAGAAUUUGAAGAUACCCUUACACUUAUGUCAGAAGUCAAGUACAAUAUGGCCUACCUCUUUCCUUACAGUAUGCGUGAAAAAACUACAGCUCACAGGCGUCUUACGGACGAUGUACCACCUGAGAUUAAACAGCAGAGGCUGGUUAAAAUGAUGUCAUUAUACCGAAGAGAAGCAGAGAAACUUAAUCAAGCCCAAGUAGGUCAGCAGCAUUUGGUGUUAGUGGAAGGGCCAAGUAAACGUUCAGUUAAAGAUAUGGCAGGUCGCAAUGAUGGUAACACCAAAGUGAUAUUUCCAGCAGUGGAAAUUCCAGAUUCACAGUACUCACAGACACUUCAAGCUAUAAAGCCAGGGGAUUAUGUAGUGGUUCAGAUCAUUUCAGCUACUUCACAGGUCUUGAAAGGAGUACCUCUAUAUCAUUCAUCACUUUCCAAGUUCAGUGUCCAAGAAAAUGCAUAUACACUUACAACAGGUCUGAAGUCUUAUCUUUACUGAGAAACAGGUGAAGAUCUGUUACUGCUUGGCACUGCAUCUCUGCCAGUACACAGAGAAAUCAGAGACUACCAUUUACCAUUGAUAUUUGAGUUCCACUGGGUGGUGUGAAACACUAUAUUUUAAUGUGAACAAAAUACAUAAAUAUAUGUAAAGACAGGAGAGUCAGAUCUGAGGGAAAUAAUAUGUAUAAACAAAGAAUUGAAAAAUAUAUGUUCUUUUUGCAAAUACAUUGUUGUAACUUGUGGUGAGUUCUGUGACUGUUCUUUCUCUGUGUUACAUGUCUGACAGUUUAUAAAUAUUUAGUUAGUAUAUAAAAUUUCUCUUAUGCUUUUACAGAUACCCAAAUAGGUCUCAAAAUACAUGAUGAUAAUUAUAUGUGAUGGCAGUAUGAAAUAUGUAUGUUUACAGAAAUGCUUUUUAAAAUUUAUCGUCUUGUUUGCAGUUCUGUUGACUGUCUACAUUAUUAUAAUAUUCACAGUGUAUAUUGGUGACUGAUGCUUGAUCAAUCCAGAAACAGUUCCUUUCAGUGUCAUCGGUAUACAAUUUCUUUAUGAUAUUAACCAUACUAAUUUUGUAAGUGCACCACUAAAACAGUUUACUCUUAAAGAUUUCUUUGGGUCAACGGUUCACAGUAUAGUGACAAUUAUUUUAUAUUCUUUGUCUUCUUACCUAUGAUCAUUCUAUACAGAAUACCUGUUUAGGUUCAUUAAAAUUAUUUACACUAUUAGCACACAGUGAAUUAUAUAACUCAAGUUUAUACAUCACAUAAAUUAUGUAUGAAAAUAAUGUGUUUUUUACAUUAUCAUGUCAGUAAUUUAUACAUUUUUUUAUCACAUUUAAGACCAUAAAUUCAAGGGCAUUUGUACUGGAGAGAGGUCCUCAUACUUAGAAAAGCAUAUUGCUGCCUGGUCAGAUCAGUUUCAUUUUGUUCACAGUUAAAUGUCUGUUAGAUGAAAUUAUGACCUCUUCACUCAAAAAGUAGUAAAUAGCCACUGCUUGGUGUUCAUUAUACUAGCAGAAGAAAAAUAUAUGAAAUUACUCCUUUUUACUUCUACAAAUGUUGCUUUUGGAAUAAGGUUAGAGUCACUCAGUUGGUCAUAAAACCCAGUCAUUCAUUACCAUGUUCCUAGAAGCCUGCAACAGGUUCACACCCACAUAUUUUGCUUCACUAAGAUCAAUUUUAAUAGCACAAAAAGUGGGUAUGGCUUUCAUUGGAACUGAUAAGUUUCAAAAGCAUACAUUUGAAAAAUCAUUCCAUAAAACAAGGGAUUUCCUAGCACCUUUGUCAUAAUGAGUAAUUGCUCUUUUCUUGCAACUGUUUGCACCAACUGUGCUUUCAGUUUUGCUUCAAGGUUAUUUAUGGCUAGGAGUUUAUAAUGGUCCCAAUAACGUACCCUUUCUGAUCUUCCUUUGUCUAGGAAUAAAGUUCACAUUUGAGAAUCUAUUAUAACAGAGCAGCUUAUUCUCUCCAAGUUUUAACCACUGAGAAAUAUACAUCGUGAUGUCCAAAGAAUUUCCCCGUAGUCAUAUAGCUUGUUAAAUUAUGUCUGAGGUGUUAUCAGAAAGUUCCCAGACUAGGUCAAAAAAGAAAAGGCUGGCUUAACUUAAUUUUGGCUUCCAUCUCCUUCAAAAUAGUCUCCUUGGGACUGUAUACAACAAUCCCAUUGUAUUUUCCACUCUUGAAAAGCACUGUGGAAGUCAUUUUCCUUAAUGCUGUCGAGUACCACUUGUGGUUCCCUUUGGAUGUCAGACACGGUUUCAAAACAUCAUCCCUUCAGCUUUAUUUUCAUUGAGAAACAAAGUGAAAUUACAAGGGGCCAAGUCCAGGAAGUAGGGAAGAUGGGGAAUGAUAACCAUGUUGUUGUUAGUCACAAACUCUGGUUUUCAGGGACAUGUGGGUGCACACGUUGUGAUGAAGGAGCCACUUGUGACUGUAUCAAAGUUAUGGUCUUUCUUGGUCUUAAAUGUCACAGUAAAAGUCACGAGUUGACCGUAUUGUUUGGAGGAACAAAUUCAUGGUGAACAGUCCCCUUCUCAUGGGGAAAACAAUAAGCAUGCUCUUUGUUGAACUCUGAACCUGCUGUGCCUUUUUUGCCCUUGGUGAUUGUUGUCUCUUCCACUGCUACAAUUGUUACUUUGUGUUUGGAUUGUAACCAUAAAUCCAACUUUUGUCACCCGUUAUGAUCCUAGAGAUGAUAGUUGGGUCCUUGUUAGCCUUCCCUCAUAGCUCAAGACACACAUUUAUGUGCCACUGCUUAUGAUAAUUUGUCAAGAGUUGGGGGACAAACUUUCACAGCAAUGUGGCAUAUGUUCAGAUUUUCUGUUAAGAUCUCCUGGCAAACUCCAUAACUGAUCCCAGUGUUGUCUGCAAGGGCGUGGAUUGUUUGGUGAUGGUCUUUGUGGAUGAGUUCUCAAAUUUUUUCGACAUUUUCUAUCAUUUCGCUGGUGCUUGGUUGUCCUGAAUGUUCAUCAUCUUCAACUGACACUUCACCAGCCUUGAAACAUGAAUGCCAUUGAAAAACUGCUGUCUGGCUUAAAGAAUGUUCUCCAAGUCUCAAGAAGCAUUUCAGGGGUUUUGGAAGUUGAUUUACCGAACUUCACGUAAUACUUGAUGCAGACAUGUUGCUCGAUUUUGCCAUCCAUUGCAGACAAACAAAUCAUGAAGUCAGAAAAGCACUCAUGUCAAAACAGUGCAUGUUCACAUCAUGGUGCCACAUGGCAGACUUAUGCAGUAGGCUUGCAAAAGUGGGACCUUGGCCUCCCCUCUCAUCAUCUUCACCAAGACAGUUACAACAAUAACAGUCUGAGAACUUUCUGAUAGCACCUCAUGUUGUGCCACAGUUAAACCCUAUUUAUGAAAGCACUGUGCAGUAUCUAUGCUCCUUGUCACAAAUAUUUCACUUCCUGAUAGGUCAUUCUCCUGGGUUUGAUGAUGAUGUCACAGAAUACAACUAGAAUUAUAGUAGAUUUGGUUAUUUAAUUAUGCUGUCAAUAGUGAGACUGUAUAGUACAAGAUAAAUAGGAUGAUUGAUACUGGGAGGAAUUUGGAAGAAAUUGGUUGCAGCCUUUCAUGCGUAUUCUGCAUGCAUUCACUUAGUUGGAAUUUCACAGAAUGCAUGGUCAAAUUAACAUACAUUUAAUUUCAAACAUGCAUAACAAAGAAGACUGAAAAUGAGAGUCAUGUGGUAAUCAUAUUACCUCCUGUAGUUUUGAAGUAAAUAUUGCCUGAAUUAUUUUAGGCAAAAACUACUUUUUUAAGGCUAGUAAGGUAGGCUAAGGUAGG